AAAGUUCGGUAGGCUUGUCAUUAAACUGAUUUCGUUCCUGAAUCUUUUCCCAAAUCGUUGCAGGCGUUUUUCCAAGUUAUUUCUCCAGAGAGCCCAUAAGUUCCAAAUUAUUUUCCCUAUUUGCAGUCAACAUGUUUCGCACACUGUCCAUUGAGCCGACAAGAAUCGAGGAUCGAUCCAAGGAGGAGGUCCGUGCCAAUUUGGUGGUCUUCGUAGUCACCUGUGCCCUCAUCCGAUUUAUUCCGAUCUUCGUAAGGAAAAUAGCUUCCUAGUUAUCUUAAAUGCGACAACUUGAGUAGUUGUUUUCCUCUUAAAAGCUACUUGGAUAAUAAUUACAAUAAGAAUAAGUUAUGCGGACUAUUAAUAAAUAGGAUCCCAAAAUUUUAACUUA